AUGGGGGCCACAGGAACGGGAAAAUCCCGUCUCUCUGUUGACCUUGCCACCCAUUUUCGAGGAGAAAUAAUUAACUCGGAUAAAAUGCAAGUAUACAAGGGACUUGAAAUUGUUACAAACAAGAUCACACACACUGAGAAACAAGGUGAAAUUGAACCAGUUCAGACUUCACACCUGAAGAUUUUUGUUUACAAGUUGUUCGUCUAUAUAGAAAAAAUACUAAAGACUCAACGUGUUCCAAUUAUUGUUGGAGGGUCGAAUUCGUAUAUUGAAAAACUUGUGGAAGAUCAUGUGUUCAUGUUCAAAUAUAAGUAUGAUAGUUGCUUUAUUUGGAUUGAUGUUGAGCAAUCAGUCUUGAACCGUAGAGUUGACAUGAGGGUUGAUCAAAUGGUCAACGCAGGGCUAGUGGAUGAGGUGCGACAGAUUUUCAUUCCAAAUGCAAAUUACACCAAAGGAAUCCGACGGUCCAUCGGUGUCCCUGAAAUGGACAUAUAUUUAAGGGAAGAAACAAAUAUAGACGGAGAUGAUGAAUCAAAGCAGAUGAUUCUUCAAGCUUCAAUUUCAAGUAUCAAGCGUAAUACUCGUAUGUUAAUUUGUAACCAACUUGACAAGAUUAAACGAUUAAUAAGCGAGAAAAUUGGUCUGUGCAUCAUAUUGUUGCUACGGUCGUUUUCAAAGAAGAUAGAGAAGAAGAUCUUGACGAAGCAUGGACAAAUACUGUUUUGCAACCAUGCCUAG